UUUCCGUUCCGACGCUCAUUCGCUCACGAACCGCGUCGGCAGUCGGACGUACCUCCGGAAGAUCCUUUUGCGCGUAGAAGAAAGCGACGCCGCGUACCGCGUGGCAGGCCCGCGUUUUGUGGAAGCUGAGAGGAAGGCACCGGGAGUGUGCGCGAGUGUGUCCCUUAAGGUUGUGCGUCUCUCUGUGUGUGUGCGUGUUAGCCAAGGACCAGAAGGAGAUCCUUGAGUUAUUCGACUACGACGCCCGUCCAGGACGAGGUGAAUUCGUUGUAAUUAGUGCGAGAAGUGACUGGGAGCUUUUUGGUGGAAUCGGAUUAACUAAGAAGGAGAGGAAGCAGAAGCAGACAUGCCGGACGCAGCAGUUCCUGCCAAGGGCAGCAUCCUCGGAUCGCUGAUCCCGGCCCGUUACAUCCUGGCCGUGCUCGGUUCCAUCGGAAUGGCCAUCAUCUACGGGCUGAAGGUGAACCUGAGCGUGGCCAUGGUGGCCAUGUUGAACCACUCGGCGCUGGCGCACGGUGCCGGACCGGUCCAUGCCGCCGCAGCCGAGCAUCACGCCGACGCCGAACCGGUCUGCCAGGGCAGCAACUCGACGGAAGCGGUGGAGGACGGUCCGUUCGCCUGGAGCGAACCCCUGCAGGGCACCAUCCUGAGCUGCUACUUCUGGGGCUACUUCGUGUCGCAGAUCCCCGGCGCCCGGAUCGCCGAAAGCGUCUCCGCCAAGUGGGUCAUGUUCUUCUCGGUGUUCAUCAACGUUCUGUGCACGCUGCUUACGCCGGUCGCGGCUGAGAUGCAUUACGGCGCAAUGAUUGCGAUGCGAAUUGGAGAGGGCAUUGGCGGAGGAGUUACGUUCCCGUCGAUGCACGUGAUGCUGGCCUCCUGGGCACCGCCGAACGAGCGGUCGGUCAUGUCGGCGAUCGUUUACGCUGGAACCGCACUGGGCACGGUUAUUUCGAUGUUGAUGGCUGGUGUGUUGGCGGGCAGUUUGGGCUGGGAGUCGGUGUUCUACGUGAUGGGAGGUUUGAGCUGCAUCUGGUUGCUGCUGUGGGUGUGGCUGAUUCAGGACAGUCCGAACAAGCAGGCGCUCAUCAGCCAGGAAGAGCGUACCUUUAUUACGUCGUCGCUGGGAUCGGAAGGAGGAUCUGGCCAUGGUGGACCGAAGCCGGCUAUUCCGUGGAAGAAGGUGUUCACUUCGGGACCGUUCUACGGUAUUCUGAUUGCUCACGUUGCCAACAACUGGGGCUGGUACAUGCUGCUGAUUGAGCUGCCGUUCUACAUGAAGCAGGUGCUGCAGUUCAACAUUAAGGAGAACGCCGUCGUCACCGCCAUUCCCUUCCUGACCAUGUGGUUCUUCAGUAUGUUCCUGAGCAAGACGCUGGAUGCGCUGCGUGCCCGUGGCAAGAUCAACACGACCAUUGCCAGAAAGAUCGCCACCCUGAUUGCUUCCGUUGUUCCGAUGUGCUGCUUGCUGGCUCUGUGCUACAUCGGCUGUCGGCGUGGACUGGCCGUUGCCCUGAUGACCAUCGGUAUCACCUCGAUCGGUGGCAUGUUCUGCGGCUUCCUGUCCAACCAUAUCGAUAUCGCGCCCAACUAUGCCGGAACUCUGAUGGCCAUCACCAACACCGCUGCCACCCUGCCCGGAAUCAUCGUACCGAUCUUUGUCGGCCAGAUUACCCAUGGAAAUCAAACCAUCGGCGCAUGGCGCAUCAUCUUCUUCGUGACGAUCGCUCUCUACAUCUUCGAGAUCUUCGGCUACACCUUCCUGGGCUCGGGCGAGGAGCAGUCCUGGAACCGGGGCGACAAGGCCAACAACGGCACCGUAGAGCACGGCGAGGUCGAAGCCACCCCGCUCAACACCAAGGAACCGGCCAAGAACUACUCGCAGGAAGAGUAAACAAAUCGAUGAUAUCAAAACUCUCGUUUCUUACUUGAGAUUCUUUUGUACUACUGCUACACAGAUAGACACACACACACAGAGCUACAAAUCAUCAACUUAGUUUUACAUACUUAAUUUCGAAGAAUGUAGGUACUUAUAUGUAGGUUUACUUAAAAACAUUACAAGAGACAGUCAAUUUAAACGUUAUUUUUUAUACUUUUGCGUGUGCGCGCGCAGAAAGCGACGGCUUAUUGCCAAAUUUCAUUGUCGUAAGGAUGAUUAAACUUCUGAGAAUGUUGUUAAUUUUCUUUAAAGAUUUUAAAAUAAAACAAACUCACAAAUAAAAACACGAAAUCCAAACCGCCGAACGAAAUAGCUGCCAUAUCUGACGAACAACCAACAAACAAUCACGAAAUAGGAACCAAACAAAACAACUACUUUUAUUCAAAUUCCCAGGAUUUGUAUUUUUCAGGAAACAAGCAAUCAACAGUUACUUAACAAGACUUCUUGCAAGGCAUUUAGCGAAAUCAUGAAACUGAGAGAAAAAAAAAGUCGUAGAUAAGCGUAGUUUGAAAAGGAUAAAAGUGAAGCUUUCUAGAUAAAGAGAAUUACAAC